GCGUCUUACUACCGGCAGGCGGAAGUGCGAGGUCGGAAGUUGCGCGAUCAGUCUGCGCCGACUCUGAGCCGCGCGCAGGCACUGUGGAGGUGCUCGGUGCUGUUAUGGCUUCUAGUGGGAUGGCGGUGAGCGCCUCCGGCUCGGCCAGCGAGGCCCCCGAGGUUCCAGACAACGUGGGAGACUGGCUCCGCGGCGUCUAUCGCUUCGCCACCGAUCGGAACGAUUUCCGGAGGAACUUGAUCCUCAAUUUGGGACUCUUUGCUGCGGGAGUUUGGCUGGCCAGGAACUUGAGUGACAUUGAUUUGAUGGCACCUCAGCCAGGGGUGUAGCCAAAGAACGGAAUUCCUGUGUACUCAAACUUCCCAAGACAGCCUACUGUCUAGGACCACCACAAGAUACUACUCCCAUGGCAGCUGAACCUCCACCCCCUGGGCAGCCCCCAGCUUCAGCUCAAAUGUUGACUGCACAACUGUGUGUGCAUCCCUACAUUUCUGCAGAGGGUGAUCUCUGCCCUUGUCCCAAGGAGUAGUCAUAGUUCUUGAAAACAGAUUUCAAAUAAAGCCUGCACACAAAGACGUUUUAU